AUGUUUGGCGGCGGCAGCACGCAUCAGUCACAAGAGUCUCCUGUCGGGCGUCACACUCCCGUACGGCCAUCGCCGUCUUCGAGCACCAAUGCGCCGCGCGUGGUAGCUCCGUCUGCUGAUGUUCCCAUGGCCGAUUCGGCAGCCCCGCAGUCGAGCUCAACACCAGGCCAGCGAUCGCAGCAGCAAAACAGCUCCGAGCCCAACACCACCGCACCCGCUGCCGAACAAGCAGCACCGACGCCACCCAGUCCGCACUUUCGUCCCCACUCACAACAGCCGACCCCGUCGGGCGUAGACCCCGCCUUCACAAACACCCGAACCGUUCCCUCGUCAGGUCCAGCACAGUCCUUGCAAUCGCCCGAAGCCUCUCCUACCAAGAUAAAAGUAAAGAGUCUGUCGCAUAUCCAGAGCUUCGCCAUCGAUGAGUCCAGUCCCUUUUCCCAGUCGCGCUCGCUUGCACGGCGGCAGCGACGAGACCCUGCAGACGUCGGGCCUCAGUACGAGAUCAGCGAGAUGCCCGUGUCAGACAUAAUCGAAAUGGUGGCUGGUUUGCUGACCAAGAUCACGACUACCAACGAUCGGCAGCACGACCAUCUGCACCGCCAAAUCCCGCCAUCAGAGGGUACCUCAGGGUUGAGCCAACAGACAACCAGCGUCUUGGCCUUUCAUGGAAAGAACGUCCCCAGCAUCUCUAUCCUCAGCUAUCUGAGUAGAAUUCACAAAUACUGCCCAACCACCUAUGAGGUCUUCCUGAGUUUACUCGUCUACUUCGACAGGAUGACAGAGAGGUCUGUGGAACAAUCAAAGUCUGCAAUGUCAGCGGCUUCGAUUCCCGCAGAUAGCACACGACCUGCAUCAGCUUCUGCUCAGGCGGCCACGCCUCCUCCGUCAGGCUCCCUAGGCAAGCCCUCGCAAACACCACGCGAGGGCCCUCAGCCGCCUUCACCGCCUCAGCAAGAUCUCGACGUGGACGCACUGAACCUCUCACACUUUUUCGUUGUCGACAGUUUCAACAUACAUCGUCUCGUCAUAGCCGGUGUUACGUGCGCCAGCAAGUUCUUCUCUGACGUCUUUUAUACAAACUCGAGAUAUGCGAAGGUCGGCGGUCUACCGUUAGUUGAGUUGAACCACUUAGAGCUGCAAUUCCUGUUAUUGAACGACUUCCGCCUCGCUGUACCCUUGGAAGAGAUGGAGGCGUAUGGAACAAUGCUGGUCGAGUUCUACGCACGUGAAGUUGCUGAGCAGCACGAACGGGAAAACGGUGUGAAACAGUGA